AUGUUCGUUGCACUUCUUUUACUUUGCCCGAAAGUGCUGCUAGACUGCAGAAUUUCACCUAAAACAGUUGCCCAUGUAGCAAUAAUAAGGUUUUCAAUUUUAGUUUGGAACGCUACGUCUCAAUCGGCGACGCUGUGGAUAUCGUCUGUCCAUACUACGAGGCUGACGUCGACUUCAUGGACACAGAACAAAGCAUCAUCUAUAGGGUCUCAAAAGGACGACUACGAGUCGUGUAAGCUUUCAUCGGCAGCUCGAGAGCUGGGCAGAUGCACCGCACCGAUGCGGAGAGACAAAGUAAAAGUCUCAUUCAGGUUGCUCAGUCCAAAUCCUUCGGCACUGGACUACCGGCCCGGUCAAAGCUACUAUUUUAUAUCGACGUCCACUGGAACUCCGUGGGGUCUCGACAACACCAGAGGCGGUUUGUGCUCAACCAGUAAUCUUAAAAUGAUCAUCCACGUUGGAGCCUUUGGCCAUCACCAUCGCCAUCACAGAAAACCUGUCACCAGUACCACCACCGAAGCGCCACCUGAGGAAGAUUCAGACUGGCCAGCUGACCCAUUAUGGACGCAGUUUUUCGACAAGAAAAAUGUUGUGGAAUUCUGGUAUGGUCCUACCUUAACCAGAGGAGAACGCCUUUCUCUUGACACUGGCAGUCGACGUCAUGAAUAUGAAUCGGUGCCAAUGGCCGAAAUGGAUUUCCAAAUCCACGAAAUUGGAGAAGGUUCGUUUAUUAGUACAUUCAAGUCAAGUCUUCAUUGA